AUAAAGUCGAAAUUGGAUGAAUUAUACAAUAUGACUGCAAUUGAAGAAAACGAAUAUACACCGAAUGAGUUCAGUAAGCAAUUAGAUUUCUUUCUACCGGAUGGCGAUUAUUCAGAAUUGAUACGUAAGAAAGAAGAAGAUAUCAAUAAAGAGCAAAGCUUCAUAGCGCCUGCCCCAACGACCACCAAUAGGGCGUUAUCCCGAAGGAAACGUCGAGAUUCUGGCGAAACACAUUCAUCGCGAUCGUCAACACCUGCUUCAGCAAGAGAUCUUCGUAAAAGCUGA